AUGCAACAAGACACAUACAAACAGGUCGCCCUUGAUCACCUCAGUGAUUGCAACACCUACCGAAAAGUGCCCCGCAUAUCAGCCAAGACAGUUGAAAAUAAAGUUAACACAGCCUGGAAGAAGAUCUGCCUACCGAAUGAAAACCCUCCCUUUGUCCAAAAACGCUUCCUUGCGUCAAACACGGAACUGCCCAGAUUCUACCAUCUCAUCAAGACCCACAAAACAGGCCCCGAUAUUAAAACAAGACCUAUCGUAUCCAACAUCAAUGGAACCACCUAACGCAUUUUGUGGCUUCUCGCCAACGCCCUGAAACCGAUGCUAAAAAAUGUCCCAGCCCAUUUAGAAAACAGUCUCGCAUUCAUUAAAUGUAUCCAAGCCGGCGAUCUCACCACAAACAAAACGUUACCAUAUCCAUGCAGCCUCAAUGUGGUAUCCCUAUACACCACAAUACCUAUACAAGAGGCCAUCACCGACGCUACAGAUAGAAUCCAGAACCCAAUACUCCACCUCCAACAAGACGUCUCAGAACUCCUCUAGGACACGCUAAACAACACGUACAAAGAGAAGCCCUACCCAUGGGUUCUAGUAUUUCAGGCACACUGGGCAAUCAUAUUCAUGGAAAAACUAGAAACCAUCGCCCUCUCCUCGGACCUAAUGAUAAGCCCUUACAAGAGAUAUUUCUUGACGACAUUUAUCUCCAAACAACUAAUGAAGAAACAGCAGAUGACUUCCAUCAUAUAAUAAACAAUGUACACCCUAAUUUGAAAUUUGAAAUUGAAAAACCAGAAACAAGACCGAGUGGCCUGUCAUUGUCACUACUCGGAUUUCAAAGUCACCAUAUCCUAGGAUGGCAACAGCUGUUUUGAAUUCUACCAAAAGCCAGCCAAGAAACCACUAUUUGUCCACCAUCAAUCAGCUAUUCCCACCAAAAUCCAAACUCAACUUCAUUCGCAGCGAACGAAAGCGCAUCGAGGACAGAUGCUCCUCACAUAUAUCUGUAACACAACACCUAAACACAUUCGAUGACAUCCUUCGCGUUAACGGUUAUCCAGAGAACAGUAUAGAGAAGACAAAACGCUCACAAAACCCUCAACGAAAGCCUCGACCUGCCGAAACAGAAUGGUCAUACCUUAAGAUCCCCUACAUUUCUGAACGACUCAAUUACAGGAUCACUAACAUUUUUAGAAAAGAAAACAUCCCGGUACGCAUUGCACACAAAUCCUAAACACUCAGGCAAGCCCUAUCCCACACCUCCAAGGAGUGCAAAUGCACUAGAGACAAAUGCCCUAUCUCUAGCACCGGAUUGUGUCUACGAUGA